UGUCGUCAUUGUAUGUGUGAAAUAGUAGAAGCUGUCAAAAUUGUUGAAAUCUGAUAGUGACAACUUUUGUUGAGUAUUGCUGCUGACAGUGCAUAACACUGUAUUGGUGAUACCAUGAGUACUGAAUCAUACUCUAUAGAACAUAGUAAUUAUGUAGACUGCAAAAUUUACCGAAGUAUUAAAUGUGUGUUAGGACGCCGGUUAGAAGGAUCCAUAGAAAAAUAUCUGGUUGCAGGUUAAGUUUAAUUCAUUGUCGGGGCUUAAGUGUAUACUUACAAUGAUGACGUAAAUUGGUUAGUUAAUUAGAAGACAUCGUGCUCAAAAUGGUUAAAAGAAAAUCUGUUGUGCCCCAGCGCCUAUGUGAAGAACGUAGAACCGAGUUAACGUGGGGCCUAGCAGAUAAUGAACCAGUGCUACGUCAGGUUGAUAAUGUUGGCAUCGGUGAUAGUACUGAAUCUGUACAUUACAUGGAUGACCAUGGAACAAAGGAUAAGAUCAACAGGAAGCGUCUUCGUAGGAAAUUCCAGUUAGAAGAUGAAGUGAAUGAUGUAUAUCUUAGGGAACUCUUAACAGGCUGUGCAUUUUAUUUGACACUUAGAAAGGAACUGGAAUUGAACAAAAAUGAACAUGCAUUUCAGCUGGGAAAGUUAUCGCUGGCUUUACAAACAAACUGUGUUACAUUCCCAAAGGACAGUGAAUUCUGGCUGUAUGUGAGCGAGUUUCCAGAUCGUAGCCUGUUAUAUAGCGAGGGUUCUGACGGUGUUACAUAUUAUCUUAUUAAGGGAACUUUGGAUGUUCAAUUCUACUCAGGUUUAGCUCUUCGUUGCUUUGUGUUAACAUUUGGAGGCUUCAUUGAAGAAUUGCAUCAUCUAACUGUAAAUGUCUUUUUCCGUGAAUCACAUUGUCGAGGAUCGACGUUUCACUUGGAAGUGAAGCAGAGGAGUGCAAACCAAGACUUCCAGGCAGUCAUUUCACAUUUCUUUGGCAUUGUAACUCCAGUGUGUGAUGGCUUCAGAGAAGUGAGGAAGCAUGAUGUUGAAGCUCUGUACCGAGCUAUUAAGGAACACCACAAGGAUGCACCAAGUAAUAAAUUGUCAUUCACACAGCACUCCAGCUUAGUGCCAAGAUUACGUCCCUAUCAGAGUCAAGCUGUGAAGUGGAUGCUUUGCAGAGAAUCUCUAACUGAUGGUACCUCCGAUGAUGAACUGCACUGCCUAUACACAGAAUUAGUGACAGCUGAUGGGCAACUUUUGUUCUAUAACAAGUAUGCAGGUUAUGUAACACUGGAGAAACCAAAAUCUGUGAAACUGCCGUCUGGUGGCAUCUUGGCAGAUGAGAUGGGACUUGGUAAAACAGUUGAAGUAUUAGCAUGUGUGCUGGCAAAUCAACGCCCUGUCAGCGAUUGGAAGAAAGAGGAAGGGAACAAUGAUUUAAAGCAGGAAUCUUCUUUUAACAAUAAUGAAGACAAGCGUGAGGAUGUUGUAAUAAGUGUAAAUCAUAUGCAAGAAGAAAAUAUGUGUGUUUUGACCUGCAAGGAUAGCAGCAUUCAGAAGUUGUUACUGUCAAAUGUAACAGGAGAGUCAGCUAGUCAGGAUGUUGGUGAAGAAAAUACUGCCAUGCAAACGGAAAAUACAGAUGGGCCUGGUGAAAUUCAAGUGGUAGAUCUUGGAAUGGAAUGUGAUGUAGCUGCAAAUGUGUUGAUCUCUACGUAUGGUGAAAUAUCAAUUGGUGGAGAUAGCAACUCAUGCAGUGGUAUCAGAGCUCUGGAAAAUUGUGGUGGAAAGUCAAAUGAUACUACUGUAGCACACAAUUCUGAAACCAGUUCAGGAAUUGAUGUAGAAAACAGUAAUUCAAACACACAUGAAACGCCUCUCACUAGCGAAGGUACUGGAAAAUGUUUCGAUAAAAAUAAUGACAGCACUCUACAUAACAAUGUUAGUCAGGAUUCGCUGCAUUCAGAUAUAGUGGAUAACAUAGACAACUUUGAUAUAGACAGUGAUGAUGAUGAUGAUGUUGAUGAUGACGAUGAUGAUGAUGAAGAUUGGGAAUAUUUUAUGAAAUUAAGAAAGUUUAAAGGCCGAAGAAAACGUAAAAUAGGAAGAGAGAAGAAAGAAAGGUACAAGAAAGUGGUUGUAAAAAAAGGAGCAGUUCGUAAAUAUAAAAACAAAAGAACAAGAAUAAUAAAAACAAAAAGAGAAAAGAAAGCAUUUACUGAUUCAGUUGAAGAGACGAUAGAGCAUGUCAUCUCCAAAUUCUGCUAUGGAAAUGGUAAAGUUAUGUACAGGAAGGGCAAAUACAGGAAGGUGAGCAGCUGGCAUGAAGCCAGUCAGAUAUGGUAUAGAGAAAUGCUGGCAAUGGUAACUCUUCGCAAGCCUCAGAGUAUUCGUGAGCGAGCAAGAGGGACCAUAUUAGAGUGUGUAUGUGGAUCACAUGAAGACUCUGAUAAAUCCAAAGUGUGCUGCUCUGGAUGCAGUCGCUGGCAACAUGCGCAAUGUGUCGGCUUCAAACAGCUUGAGGGAGCCCAAGAACCCAGAGCCUACUGUUGCCCUCAAUGCUGGCAGGCUCAGGAGCCUGUUGUGUCUGGAGCCACUUUGAUAGUCUCCCCUGCUUCCAUCAGCAACCAGUGGGUCACAGAAAUUCAGAGACACGUGAAUCAAGAGAACUUCAGUAUUCUUGUGUAUAGGGGUGUGCACAAGGAUGGUUUUCUUCAGCCACAUGAUCUUGCAGAAUACCAUGUAGUCCUUACUACAUAUGAGACACUUAGAAAAGAGUUGGAUUAUGCAGACCUAAACACAACAGAUGGGCACAGACUAAGACAUGUGAAACGGUUUCUUGCACCACCUUCACCCCUUCCCUGUGUUCAGUGGUGGCGACUGUGCCUUGAUGAGGCACAGAUGGUGGAGUGUACAGGCAGCAAGACGGCUGAAAUGGCACGGAGACUGGGGGCAGUUCAUCGCUGGGCCAUCACAGGAACACCAAUUCAGAAGUCCAUGCAUGAUUUGUUUGGCUUGGUGCAAUUCUUGGGAAUCGAUCCUCAUUGUGAUCUUCGAUGGUGGCAAGAUCUUGUGUAUGGGCCGUACUGCCAAGGAAACUGUGCUCCACUGUAUGACCUCAUGGCCAAAAUAAUGUGGCGUACAGCAAAGAAAGAUGUCUUGGAUCAGAUUAACAUUCCAGAUCAAAGUGAAGAAGUGGAGUGGUUGCACUUUUCUCCAGUGGAGGAGCAUUUUUAUCGGAGGCAACAUUCUGAAUGUUCACAGGACUUCAUAGAUAGACUGAGUAAAAUGCAUAGUUUGGACAUUACUCUAGACUCACUUAAUAGGCAGACCAUGAAUAAGGUACUGGGACCUUUGCUUCGUCUGCGUCAGGCGUGUUCACACCCUCAGGCUGUUCGUGGACAGUUCCUGACAGCCACCAAAGCUACUAUGAGUAUGGAGGAGCUGCUUGAAUCUCUGAUUAAAAAGACACAAAACGAGAGUGAGGAAGCCCUUCGCCAAUAUAUUGCUGCACUGAAUGGGCUGGCUGGUAUCCAUAUCAUCAGAGAGACCUGGGCCCAAGCUGUAGAAAUGUACCGAGAUGUUCUGAGGAUUUCUGAAGAAUACAAGGGUAAACUGAAGACUGACAAAUUGCAGAUGAUACACACAUUGCACAAUCUGGCUGAUAUGCUUGAUGCUCGACAUGAAGGCAUUUCUCCCACACUGCGAGAUGACAGACUUCGAGAGGAAACCAAAGCCCUGGAGCAGAAAUAUAUGCAAAAGUGCAAUUCUCAGGUAGCUGCAGCACAGGAAACAUUGGCAGGCCUGUCACUGACUGUAACAGAAUUAGAAAACAGUUUUAAUCUGGGUCGAGAUGUUUGGUGGGAGCAUCUUUUAUCCUGGAUUGUUCUUCAAGGGGAAGAAAUGGAACUCCUGAGUAGAAUAAGAGAUGAUUUAUUAGAGAACAGAAUUCCAGGCCAGGACAGUUUGAUAAACAGGGUGUCUAGUAUUCGAGGUGUGGAAUAUGAGCUUGGAACCUGGAGUGAUGCAGUGCAGAAGGCCAGAAAGAAGGCUGUGCAGGAUUUGCGACAGCUUGAAAGAACUCCUCGGCAAGACUUAGUGAAUGGAGCUGUAGAUUGUCACUUGCGUCUCAGUAAUGCCAAUAAUAAGAACAAGAAAAAGUGCAAGCUGUGCAUUUGUGAGACGUAUCUCAAGAGCUACGAGUGCCUGGUGUUUGCGGUGAGCAAGAAACAGACUGAACAUAGCAUGGUGGGUAAUGUUCUGCUCCUGGGACAGCUGAACCAAGGCACAUGGAAGCCCUGUGAAAUGGAACGAGUACUUCGAGUAUUGGUGGCAUUUGUUCGAGGGAAACGGUCUAACAGGGAGUGUCUGGAAGAUGGCAGUCAACAUUUGAAACUCCUGGAUGCGAUCAAGAAAGAAUUUAAGCAAUUGCGGUUGGUUUGGACACAGUUACGAGACCAAGUCUCGGCUCAAGAUGAGCUAGAUAUGGCCAAGAUGAGACUGCGAACUCGGUUUCCAGAUGAACCGGUUCCUCAGUCUAAUAAGAAGCAGAACCCUCUGCAACAGCUAAGCUCCAACAUUGGCAGUGCUGUUGAAACAAUCCACAUUAUUGAGAAACAUCAGGUUGGCGCCCAUGAGACCAGGUUGGGAACAGAAAGGAUUGUAGCUCAAGGGGAGCUACGCCGAAAGACAGGACAACUCCUGUAUCUAGAAAACCUGCGAAAGAGUCAGGGUUUGGAUAGCAAUCCUGACCCCUGCCCAAUAUGUCAAAUUAACCUAGGAGACAAGUGGAGUGUACUGCAGUGCGGACACUGUUACUGCAUGGACUGUGUGCGCUACAUGGUAGACCAGAGCCGCGGGGGACGAAAAGUCAACUUGAAAUGUCCAAUAUGUCGUGAAACCACGCAAGAAGAUGGCAUAUCCUACGUCAAUCUCAGUUGUAAGGUGUACGAGUCCCAGAAGGAUGGGACAGCUAUAACUGUGCGAGGCUCACAUUCGACUAAGGUGGAGGCAGUGGUGCACCGUCUCUUGGCACUCCAAGCAGAAGAUCCAGAUGUCAAAGCACUCGUUUUCUCUACGUGGGAGAAAGUGCUGGAUGUCCUUGCUGAUGCAUUGACAGAGAACAGAGUUUCCUUUUCUCGGCUCCAGCCUGGCCUCAAACAUCAGGAAAUAUUAGAGAAUUUCAAGGACAGCAAGUCACAGGUGACUGCACUCCUUUUGCCUAUUCGAUGGGGUGCCAAGGGGCUGAAUUUAAUAGAAGCAACUCAUGUAUUAUUGGUAGAACCCAUUCUCAACCCAGCCGAUGAGCUGCAGGCUAUUGGUCGUGUCCAUCGCAUUGGUCAAACCCGGAAAACCGUGGUUCAUCGAUUUCUUAUACGUGGAACAGUUGAAGAGCGAAUGCAUGCAGCAGUCCAAAGUGGGGUAGAAAAGUGGAGUGGUGACAAAGUGACACUGCGCCAGUUACAAGAUUUGUUUGCGUCUCCUUGUGAAGAGUCCAGUAACAAUCUGGACAGUAGUACCAACAGUGACAGUUCUACCACACUAUCUGAAAACAUUACUUCUGCUCCAGGUACCAGUUCAUGCGUCCAGCAGGUCACGAAACAGUGAACAGAAGGGCCCCUGGGUAGAAGAAACCAUAGUUUCAUGGAUUAGUGGGCGCAGUGAAGUAACUUCUCUUUUGUAUCCUGUUUAUCUGAAGACAUAAAUAGAACCAGUCCCUGAAAUGUAGUGGUUAUAAUGUCACGUGUUAAUGACUAGACAUAUGCAUGGACCAUGUAGCAAAAACUGCUUCCAACAGUUCUUCUAUUAUUGCAUGCAUAUCCAUUGCCACGGACACAUGUUUAGUGUGCCAUUGCCUAGCAUUGGCCACAUAUGCAUAUUCCACUAUUCCAGCUUUUCAGCCAUCAUGUCACAAUAAAUAUGAAUGAUGGAAAAGUUCCAAGGUAGUGGUUUAAAAUGUGUGUCACACCAAACUGAGAGAUCACUUGUCACAGUGUUCAUGGUAAAUUUAACAAUUUUCAACGGACAAUUUUAAUAUUUAACAAAGAGUCAAAAUGCGUUAAAGGUUGUGAACAUGAUAAUCUUGAGGAAGACUCAAAGGACAUUUUCAGUUUUUCAGUGUAGUGUAAGGGUGCAUGUAUUUCCUUACGUACAUUUUUAUACAUGAGCCAGUGAACAGUAAGUGAAAUAAUUCACCAAAAAUAAUUUUAUUUUGGUGAUUUCCUAGACAUACUUAAGCUCUAUUUUGCAGUAUACUCAUAUCCUUCAUGAACUAUGAAUUGUUCAUGAUAGAAUUUUUUUACGUACUGGUAUAGUCAUUAUUUUUAUGCAAUAAAAUGGCAUUUUGUAUCUGUUGAUAUGCAUCAGUAAUGUGAUAUAUUAUGGCAGUUAUAUUAGGUGGUGCAAAUCAUAUUACUUUAUUAAAGUAUGGUAAAACUGAAUAGCUUUCCCAAUUUGAAUGAAACACUAAGUUGUGUAAGACAUGUUUAAAUGCGCAUUCAUGAUGAUUUGUUACACUGAAAAAUAUUUUCCCUUAAGAAUGUUAAAAAUAGGCUUUUCAUUUAUAAUCACUCACUUUUUUUGUUUAAAUUUAUUUUGAAUGGGACCAUGUUUUCUUGAAUAAUGGCUUUAACCUGUCUUUUCUGUGUGUCUGUGGUCAAUUGAAUGUUAUCUUGUGAUGUGAGAGGCCACACAUUUUAUGUUCUUUAUCGCAGUAACUCCAGGAAUUGAAACAGUUCUCUCUUGCUUUUCUACAUUGACUGUUAGGGUUCAUUCCAGACAUGAUAAUCUAAUGGAUAUCUGUGGAAUUCUGUGGCCAUUCUGUGGAUUUGACAAAUUCAGCCAUAGCAUCAUGCAGCAUUUUCAAAGAGUAAGUAAUAUGAAUGUAAAAAAGGCCUAUUUUAACAUUCAGAAUGCAAAACGUUUUUGUGUAAGAAAUCAGGCGGAAUGAAAAAAGAUUUUAAUACACGUAGCGUAGUUGGUUGAGGCACAAUGCUACAACCUGGAAGGUUGUGGGUUUGAUUCCUGAUGA